AUCGAGCGAGCGCGAGCGGUGAUGCACGAGCCGCACUCGGAAUACGCACCUUACUGAGCGCUGUGCAGAACUAGUCCGCAUAAGCAGAAAUGACCUGUGUUCAAAGCAAAUAUGGAGUCCAGCCUUAUGAGAGCAUGCUGUUUAGCUCAGACUUUCUGAACCCUGACUUCACCUCCAGGUUGGCCGUGGACAUGAGCGAGACACGAGAGCAGAUCUCCACCUCCUCCCUGCCGAGCAUCACCUCGCUGGUGGGAGGUUACGCCGGCGAAUUCGACACCCAUUCGUGUCAGCUUGCUUCUGUAACCGCGAGCACGCCGCCCUUCACCGGCGCCGCGUCGGGCCACGACGGCUUGAGGAUGGACGAUGUUCCGGUUUACAGCUGUUACCCAGGCACGUUCACCCUGACCUACAUGGACGAUGCGAUGUCCGGUUCGAACUGUUACGGGAGCCCGGUCUCGGCUCCUUCACCCUCCACACCGGGUUACCAGUCUGUCCAUUCCUGGGACGAAACGUUUGGUUCCUGCUCUCCAGACGCUGGCUGCUGGGGCUCAGAGAAAACGCCUUUACCUCAGUCCUCUUCCUACUUUACUUUUGGGCCUCUUCCGGGCGGGGACAUGUCUCCUCUGGGACAGAUGCAGGCUCAGAUGUACGAUCAGGAUCCAUUCUCUCACAGCCAUCAAAGCAGUUACAGCACUCUCAGUAGGGACAGUUCGGUCCUGAUGGAUAAUCAGCUGUCUCCCAAAGCCAAGAGUCCCACAGGAAGUGAAGGGUGCUGUGCGGUGUGCGGGGACAAUGCCUCCUGCCAGCACUACGGAGUGCGUACGUGUGAGGGCUGCAAAGGCUUCUUUAAGCGCACAGUGCAGAAAAACGCCAAGUACGUGUGCCUAGCCAAUAAAGACUGUCCGGUGGACAAGCGGCGACGGAACAGGUGCCAGUUCUGCCGCUAUCAGAAGUGCUUAGCAGUUGGGAUGGUCAAAGAAGUGGUGAGAACGGACAGUCUGAAGGGCAGAAGAGGUCGCCUGCCUUCUAAACCCAAACCAGUUCAGGAUCUGGCGUCCGCCGUCUCUCCAGCGAACAUCAUCGCCUCGCUCGUGAACUCUCACAAAGACUCGGACCCAGUCAACACGAAGCUCGACUAUUCACAGUACCAGGAGACUGUGGCGCUCGUGUCCAAGAAGGAGGACGCUAAUAGUGUCCAGCAGUUUUACGACCUGCUGACAGGUUCCAUGACCGUGAUAAGAAAAUGGGCAGAGAGCAUCCCAGCGUUCGCCGCCUUCUGUAAGGAGGACCAGGACUUGCUCCUCGAGUCGGCCUUUGUCGAGCUCUUCAUACUGCGGCUGGCUUACAGAUCGAACCCGGAGACAAACAAGCUGAUCUUCUGCAACGGCGUGGUUCUCCAUCGCCUGCAGUGCGUGCGGGCGUUCGGCGAGUGGAUCGACUCCAUCAUCGAGUUUUCUCAAAAUUUACAUCGCAUGAACCUGGACGUGGCGUCGUUCUCCUGUCUCGCUGCACUCGUCAUCAUUACAGAUCGUCAUGGCCUGAAGGAACCUAAGCGAGUGGAGGAUUUCCAGAACCACCUGAUCACGAACCUGAAAGACCACUUCAUCACGAGCGCCAUAGAAGCAUCGCGUCCCAACUACCUGUCCCGACUGCUGGGGAAACUGCCCGAGCUCAGGACUCUGUGCACUCAGGGUCUCCAGCGCAUCUUCUACCUGAAGCUGGAGGACCUCGUCCCACCGCCGCCCAUCGUGGAGAAGAUCUUCAUGGAUACUCUGCCCUUCUGAAUCGGACCGGGAUUGUAUAUGCAUAUGUUAAAAAAUGAGACGUGACGGAGGCGGAGCAGAACUGUAAAUCAGUGGACGAUGUAACGUGGUGUGUUCUGCGUUCUUGAUGAUGUUCCUGUUCACCGGUGGACGCUGGUCUGGUUUUAAACAUCACACAUGCAAAAAGACUUUAUGAAGUGACCUUGUUGGAACAUUUUAGAAGAUUUUAAAGCAAAAAACAGGAUCAAGUGUCCCUACAUUUCAACAACCACACUGUUUAAAAUACAAGAUUGGACGAAUACUCAGAGUACAUGGUGCGUGAACACAAAAGUAUCUUCCCUUCGGUUAUGGGAUUAUGGGCAGUAUUACCGGUCAGCAGCAAGGUGCUUCAAACUAACACCAGUAUAUUAUGAAGAGCUAAAUGGACAUGGACCAAAUCCUGAUAUUGUUUACGUGGCUGCACAAAAUCAUAUCAUACAAAACAGAGCCUUAAUUAAUCAUAUCCAAAUACACCUGAGUCAUGAAAUGACUGCUGAAUAUAUGAGGGUUCUUCAAAAAGUUUCCUCACUGUUUUUUAACUCUAUUUAUUUAGAAUUUCAAAAACAAACUCCAUCACUUUUCUACAGUCACCUUCCAAUGCAUUUUUCCAGCAUCGUACCGACUUUUUUAUGCCGUGUGUAGCCACUGAUGCGGCGCUGCUUUCACAUUAUCAUCACAUGGAAAUCUUCCUCCCCUUAAAGCUUCUUUGAGCGUCCAAAAAGGUGGAAAUCCAGACUAUAUGCAUCUCUCGGUCUCUCAGACACGACCGGUUACUCCUCCUCCACCCUCACUGCUUAUAACCAAAAUAUAAAAGUGUGGAAACUUUUUGAAGACCCUCGUAUAUAUACAUGUUGAUUAGAUCAGUGGUCCCCAACCACCGGGCCGCGGACUGGUACCGGUCCUUGGGUCAUUAAUUACCGGGCUGCACAGAAAUAAUAAAUAAUUAGAGAUCACUAGAAAAGCAGUUUUCACUGCUCAUAUUUCGGGUGUUAUUGUCUCAUAUCACCACUAGGUGGGAGCGUCUCGUUGCAGCUAAAAAAACCCUAAUUUUACAUAGUUUGUGAGCAAUAUUAUUAAAUCCUCCCGCUCCCGCCAGUCUGUAAGAUUAUAUCUUAUAUGAAACCGGUCCGUGGUGUAAAAAAGGUUGGGGAGUGCUGGCUUAGAUAAAAGCACACCUUCUAUAUAUUCUUUGGUUUGAAAACCAAGUCAUUGUGCAUACAGAGUAUGCCAAGCUAUGAUUGAAUAUAUAAAUCAAGAAGUGUACACACUGCCAUCGAGUCAUAUUUUAAAGAUCGUGUUUCGCGCCCCUUGCCCACGUUUGAGUAUUACCACUGACUGAAGAAUCUGAGUACCAGCCCGACUUCAGCACACACCCGUGUGUACGUACUGUAUGUAUAGAGAUGGAUAGAUACAGAUAUAUUUUGUAGCUGACGAGCCUGGGCAUUACGGUGUUUUUUUGAUAAUAUUUUUGAUAUGGUUAGAUUUACAGUAAGUUUGUUGUUUGUUACUAAUGUUGUUCAUUAAAAAUCAAAAACUAACAA